AUGACCAAUAUGCUGACGGCAGUAAACAAGAAAGCAGUCCUGAGUGCUUGCAAGGAGGCAGAGGUCCAGCAGCAGCUGUUGGUGGUUAAAGAAGAGGUUCCCCCUGAGCAGCAGGAGUGGAGCUCCAGUGUGGACCAGGAGGACCCAGAGCCCCCACACAUUAAAGAGGAAGAGGAGGAACUGUGGAGCAGUCCGUCAGAAGCACAUUUCCAACCUGAACUUGACACCAAGACGUCACACUCUUUGGAGUUAAAGACUGAUCUCAGUAAUGAUGAUGAUGAUGAUGAUGAUGGUUGGAUGGAGAACAGAGAACCUCAGUCGGUUUUAAACUCCCUGAAGAUUAUCAAAGUCCCUGCCGGCGGUACGAGAAUUAGAGCCAGUAAAAAGACUUACAGCUGCUCUGAGUGUGGGAAGAUCUUUGGCCGCAGUCCGCACCUGAAGAUCCACAUGAGGACACACACCGGAGAGAAACCAUUCAGCUGCCCCUUCUGCGGGAAGAGCUUCACCCAGAAAGUCAACCUGACCUAUCACAUGUCCAUCCACACGGGUGAGAAACGUUUUAGCUGUCAUUUCUGCAACGAAAGAUUCACCUGGUACACUCAGCUCAAGAGUCACCAGUGCACCUGUGAGUCCUCUCAGCAUCACCAGAGUCAGAUAGAGGACAGCAGAGAUGCAGAGACGGGAGAGAAGUCGUUCAGCUGCUCCGAGUGCGGGAAGAUCUUCAGCCGCAAGGACAACCUUAACAUCCACAUGAGGAUCCACACCGGAGAGAGACCGUUCAGCUGCUCCGUCUGCGGGAAGAGUUUUAAACAUGGAGGACAUCUGACACAGCACAUGUCUGUCCACACCAAAGAGAACAGGUUCGGCUGCGACAUCUGCGGCAAGAGGUUCACUUGGCUUUAUCAGCUCAAGAGACACAAGUGUGGCGGAGAGUCUGCUCAGCGUCCUAAACUGUGGGGCAGCCAGGACCAGCCAGGAGAGUCCAUGCUCAGUCCUUUUCCCAUGAAGAGUGAGGAUGAUGAAGAUGAACCUCAGUCCUCACAGGUAGAAACAGAAGCUGAUGGAGACCACUGUGGAGGAGUACACCCAGUGCCUGGAGGAGAAGUAGGCCCAGUGCCCGGAGGAAGAGUACGACCAGUGUCCAUAGACUCUUCUGAAGCCUACUCAGAGGACUGUGGAGGACCAGAACCAGCCAGGAACUCACAUCCAGAUUUACAACCAGACACUGGUGCCAAGGCCGGAGAAUUUCGGGACUGUACCUGGACGGAGACCAGAUCAAACUCCACUGGCAGGAAAACCUUCAGCUGCUCCGACUGCGGGAAAAUAUUUGGCCGUAAGGAACACCUGCAGACUCACAUGAGGAUCCAUACUGGAGAGAGACCAUUCAGCUGCUCCGACUGUGGAAAAACCUUCGGCUGCAAGCGGUCGCUGCUGGGCCACAUGACGAGUCACACAGGAGAGAAACCAUUUAGCUGCUCUCAGUGUGGGAAGAGAUUCGGCCGGAUGGUGAACCUGAAGACUCACGAGAGACUCCACACGGGGGAGAGACCGUUCAGCUGCCCAUUUUGCAGUAAAGGUUUCACGCAGAAGGUUCACAUGACUCAACACAUGGCUGUCCACACGGGAGAGAAACAGUUCAGCUGCAGCAUUUGUGACAAAAAGUUCACGUGGCUUUCGGGGUUUAGGCGACACAAGUGCGGUGGCGAGCAGCAGGAGCUCGACGAGAGCCAAACGGAGGACAACUUGGAGACAGAACCGGGAGGGAAACCGUUUCGCUGCUGGCAGUGUGGCAACAGAUUCAACCACAAGCACAACUUGAAGGCUCACAUGAGGAUCCACACGGGGGAGAAACCCUUCAGCUGCUCCAUUUGCGCUAAAGGCUUCACAGCAAGCGGUGCUCUGAAGAAACACCUGAGGACGCACUCGGGAGAGAAACCAUUCAGCUGCUCUGUCUGUGGCGUCAGAUUCACACAGGGCGGGAACCUGAAACGACACAUGGUUCAGCACACAGGGGAGACUAGAGAGAAACCCUUCAGCUGCUCCAUCUGUGGGAGAAGCUUCACGCAGGUGUCUAACAUGAAGCGACACAUGGUGCAACAUGCCGCUGCUGAGACAGGAAGUGAAGCUGUGCGCGGUCCGGACGUGAUGCAGGAUAAGAGUUCAUCACUGCUGACUGAUCGUCGAUAGAGACAGAACUGUUUCAGAAAUCACAUGGACUAUUUUCUACGUUAAUUGAUUGAUUGUUAAAUCUGGGAAAUGUUGACAAUCAGAUGUUCCAGGACACAAAGAGAUUUAGUGUGUUACCACAGAAAAAUUAUUUGUCUAUCAGAGUACUUGAAUGUCUUAUCCAGGGGCGUCAAACGUACGGCAAUUCAUGCUUAUCAUGUCUGCUAGCAGUGUUAGCAAGGAAGCUAACCAACUACAGCUCAACAGUAAUGUAGCAGAACGCUAAUUUCUGUGGUCAUAUCAACUAACCAGUCCCCUCCAGGAACACGUGAUGUUGUGAUCACAACAAGUAACGCAAAUUCAAUCUACCGCCAAACUUAUUCGGAGAACGGCACAAACUGGCGGAGCACAGACGAGACGAAUCACCAUGACAGAAGCUGUCACAUCCAGAAUGUACGUUCAAUUAAAUGUGUGCGGUUGGAAGUAACGUUAGUUUGUUGGCGCCAGAGCACCGACAGCAAGUAGUUGCCAAGACCCUCUCGACGCAGCCCCCGAAGCUGGUUUCACCUACAUGUAUGAAAUAUGUAUUGAAAUAUAUAUUUAUUAGGCUCCAGGUUUAGGUGUCAUGGUGAUAGCGCCACCCACUGGCAUCGUUUCAUCACAACUUUCAUUACAAUUUUUGUUAGGACGCAACUAUCCCGAAAAAAGCUGCUGCGAAAUACUGAAGGGACUGGCUAAUGCUAACACUAGUGAAACCAUAUAGUGAUGUUAAUUUGUGUUACAGUGAAUAAUGCCUUCAUCGAGCUGACAGGAAGCUAGCAGCAGACUAAGCAAAGUUGGCGGGAUGAUGUGUGACUAUGUUCUGUUUUCAAAAUAAGGUGUUAUGGAAAUGUGAUUGAUUGGAUUAUAUUAAGAGGAAGUGUAAAAUGAUUUUUUUUUUUUAAGAUAUUUUUUGGGCCAUUUGGCCUUUAAUGGACAGGACAAGUAAGUGUGAGAGGGGGAGAGAGAGAGGGGGGAUGACAUGCAGCAAAGGGCCACAGGCUGGAGUCGAACCCGUGCUGCUGCGGCAACAGCCCUUUACACGGGGCACCUGCUCUACCACUAAGCCACCGACGCCCCGAAUUAUUAAUUAUAAAUUAAAAAGUAAAAACCACGAACGCGCAACAGACAUGUCUUUAUUCUGUGAUUUUUGUUUUGCUGGAAAUAAAAAUAAAAAAUAUUUUUCCUGA